AAACAUGCAGGUUUGAUUCAGCAAGAGUAGGCGAAACUGAAGAAGCUAGUGACCUUAUAUCUAACACUGACACUUCGGACACAGAAUUUAAGAGACCGAUGGGAGAAAGAAAGGCACAAGAAUAUAUCGGAUGGGCAUCCAAAGCUCUCAUCGAGUUCCUCCAAUCAAUUGGUACAGAUGCAACGAAACAAUUGUCGCAGUUUGAUUAUGGUCUUUCGGAGGUACAUAUGACCGAGAACUUGGUUAUGUCGGAUGGAAAUGAUAGUGAGCUGGAAGACAAGAAGAAAGAUACGAUGACAGCAAGCAAGAAGCGAAGAGUGAGCUCAGGUAUCGCGUCUAUUGAAAAGGAAGCGAGUCCUCGCGUCCAGAAAAGUUGUUUUGCAUCCAUAGUUCCCGAGAAUAUGAAGCUUGUCUACUUAAGGAGGAGUUUAGUGGAGGAGUUCUUGAAGCAGCCUGAAAACUCCGAAAGCAAGCUACCGGAGACUUUUGCGGGAGUGAAAAAUGACGCCAGGCUUCGUCUGACAAAUUCUCCGUAACUUUUACAAGUUGAAGGUAAUUGUUUGUUGGCAACAUCCAGGCUUGUCUGGAUAUUGCGUACUGUUAACUUUUUUCAUCGUGACCAACAUUUGAGCUAUAAAUAUUUUGU